AUGUCCACCGGCUCGGUGAGUGACCCCGAAGACAUGGAGAUGCGAGGGCUGCAGCGAGUCUACCCGGCCCCGAGCUCCAAGAAGCCGCCUCUGCACAGCGCCGAGCGCGGCUACGCCUCGCCCAGCGACAAUUCGUCCGCGGAGGAGGAGGACCCCGACGGCGAAGAGGAGCCACGCUCUUUGGGAGCCGCGGGCGUCCCGGGGGGCUGCAAGAGGAAGCGGCCCCGGGUGGCCGGCGCCGGCGGCGGCGCAGGUGACGGUGCAGGUGGCGGUGCGAGCGGCGGUAGUAAAAAGCCGCUCCCGCCCAAGGGCUCGGCCGCGGAGUGCAAGCAGUCGCAGAGGAACGCCGCCAACGCCCGCGAGCGCGCCCGGAUGCGCGUGCUGAGCAAAGCCUUCUCCCGACUCAAGACCAGCCUGCCCUGGGUGCCGCCCGACACCAAGCUUUCGAAACUGGACACGCUGCGCCUGGCUUCCAGCUACAUCGCGCACCUGCGCCAGCUGCUGCAGGAGGACCGCUACGAGAACGGCUACGUGCACCCGGUGAACCUGACGUGGCCAUUCGUGGUAUCUGGACGACCGGACUCUGACACCAAAGAUGUUUCUGCAGCCAACAGACUCUGUGGAACUUCCGCUUAGAUGGACAGCAACUCCGCUGAUGGAUUAUGUUAAAUGCGAAGGACUGGAUCGGAUCAGGGAGGUCCCAUUGGAUUCCGGACGUCUCCUUUCCCUGGACCUGCUAACCGGACGGGUGACUGCCCCUGUGGAGCACAGGUGGCCAUGGCUGCUGUGGAUCAGCGCAACUGUAGCCCAAGAGAACCUGGUUUCCGUGGGAAGAACUCGCGGACUAAAUCCAACCCGGGACAUUAGCUCUGAGCACAAACCCACGCCAGCCAUCUGAGUCCACUGCAGAAACAGGAGUUGGUUUUUAAGCUAGUGUCGAUUUUCCCUGUGGUUGAUGGCUAGGUCCUGAGCAGCCAGGUCCUUCUCUGUGGGUGGUGGAGCGCUCUUUCCCAG